CAGCGAGGCGGGGAGGGGAGGGAGCGGAGGAAAGAAGGAAGAAGGAGGGAAGGAAGAAGUUGUCCCGGCUGCAGGAGGAGGUAGUGGCGGCGUCGGUGCUGCUGCUGCUGCAGCCGCGGGCAAAGCCUCCCCCUCCCGCCGGGCCGGGCCGGGCCGGGUGGGGCUUGCUCCGCAGCCGAGAUGUCCCAGGAGCGGCCCAAGUUCUACCGGCAGGAGCUGAACAAGACGGUGUGGGAGGUGCCCGAACGUUACCAGAACCUCUCCCCGGUCGGCUCCGGGGCCUACGGCUCCGUCUGUUCUGCCUUUGACACAAAAACUGGGUUACGUGUGGCUGUGAAGAAGCUGUCCCGACCAUUUCAGUCCAUCAUCCAUGCCAAAAGGACCUACCGAGAGCUGCGGCUACUUAAGCACAUGAAACACGAAAAUGUGAUCGGCUUGUUGGAUGUGUUCACCCCUGCCAAGUCGCUAGAAGAAUUCAAUGAUGUGUACUUGGUGACACACCUUAUGGGAGCAGACCUGAACAACAUUGUGAAAUGCCAGAAGCUCACCGAUGACCAUGUGCAGUUUCUCAUAUACCAGAUUCUUCGGGGACUGAAGUACAUCCAUUCAGCUGACAUAAUACACAGGGAUUUAAAACCUAGUAACCUAGCUGUUAAUGAAGACUGUGAGCUAAAGAUCCUGGAUUUUGGCUUGGCCCGACACACAGAUGACGAGAUGACCGGUUAUGUGGCUACCCGGUGGUACAGGGCCCCUGAAAUCAUGCUGAACUGGAUGCAUUACAACCAGACAGUUGAUAUUUGGUCAGUGGGAUGCAUUAUGGCUGAAUUGUUGACUGGAAGGACGUUGUUCCCUGGUACAGACCAUAUUAACCAGCUUCAGCAGAUCAUGCGUCUGACGGGAACACCCCCUGCAUAUCUCAUUAACAGGAUGCCCAGCCAUGAGGCAAGAAACUACAUUCAGUCUUUGUCUUACAUGCCGAAAAUGAACUUUGAAAAUGUGUUUAUUGGUGCCAAUCCCCUGGCUGUGGACUUGCUGGAGAAAAUGCUGGUACUGGACACAGACAAACGCAUUACUGCAGCAGAAGCACUGGCCCACGCCUACUUUGCUCAGUAUCAUGAUCCAGACGAUGAACCAGUGGCAGACCCCUAUGACCAGUCUUUUGAAAGCAGAGAACUUGAGAUUGAAGAAUGGAAAAGCCUGACUUAUGAUGAAGUAAUCAGCUUUGUGCCACCACCGCUUGACCAAGAGGAGAUGGAGUCCUGAGAAACUGCUCUCUUCUGUCUGUCCCACUUCACUGUGAAGGGAAGGCCUUUUCAUAGGGACUCUCCAAUUAUUGUUCAAGUGCCUCAUCACAACAAUAUUCUCCUUGGUGGAAGGGUUUUGUGUGUGUUGAAUUGGGGAGGGAGGGGGGAGGGAAGAAAACUGAGUCCAUGUAAACAUGCUGCAUGCUCUCUUGUAUUCUGUGUACAGCCUGGGGCAAGCCUCUGGAGACCUGUUCUGACUGCACUUAGUUCUUCCGGAGUAACAGUGCACUGCUGGGGCAAGGUGGGGAAGUUGACGUUUAAGGGUUUGGUUACAAUCAUUGCCAUUUAUCAAUUCUCCUACAACUAAGUAACCUCAAAAUAAUGAAAGUUGGUUUUAUAGACUUAGAGAGUCCUGUUUUCUUCAGGACUGAAGGUGGGGUUAAGGAACAUCCUUGUUCAGUACCAGGUGUCUGAUUUACAUCCAGAUCUUCCUGGUACAGCAGAACGUAGAGGCCUUCCAAUGCCUGAUCCUUGGAACAUGAAAAGAGUUUUUCUUGAAACUGUAAAUAGGUUUGUGCCUUAAAUGAAUGGGAAGAGAGGGGAAAGGAAAUCUCUGACCCAUUGUUUUUGAGGGUGAAGGCUCCCAGAUAGCCAGGCAGGAAGUCAAUGUAAUCAGGAAAUAACUUUCUGAGGCAACAGCCUCAAUACCCCUGGAUUGGGUAUUCCUGUGUUUUUCUGUUUUCCUCUCCUCUUGUUCUGAGGCUUCCCAGCAUUAGCUCCCAAGAGACAGGGAUUGGAGAAGAUUCUUGCUAGCUACACGUUUGUGUAUUCUGUUUCUUAGAAGGUGGUGUGUUUUGCAUGUUGUAGCUGAAUGUGCAUGUAGAGCUGCUUGAUUUUUGUCCUUAUUUUUUGGGGAUGGCACUGGGGCAGUUAAAUCAUCAGUGAAAUGUUUACUGAGCACCUCAGCUGGUGCCAUGAAAUCACGGCACCCUUCCUCCUUUGCUGCAGCUCAUUGGGAAAUACCUGCCAUUCAACAGGAAAGGAGAUAAUAUAUGGCAUACAGAAACAUGCCCCUUUUUCCUUGUUCUGACCUUCUCUUUGCAGAGAAGGAGAGCUUGGGCAGGAGAGUUUCUUGUGAGAUAAAGUGUAAAAAACAUUCUUUAAAGAAACAGCUAUGGUAUCUUGUGCCAGAACUUAACUUAUUUCCUGAAAAGAAUUUUUUUAGAAGUAUUGGAAUCCAAAGCAAAGAAAUAAGCAUGCAUAAACACACAAUCACCCUUUCACUGUCUAUAUCUAUAAAUAUUUAUAUAUAUAAAACUAACAUUAACCAGAAGUCUUUUUUUUUUUUUACCCUCUCAGAUAAGAGCUUCUUGGCUGUUUUUUUAGCGGUUUGAUCUCUGCCCAAGGAAAUGUGAGAAGGGAAUAUGUUUGAAUAUAAACAGGGUUCAAAUAUUUUGUAUUUUACAGGACUCUGCAUGAGUGAAAUGCCCAGAGUUAGGGACUGGCAGAAGGGAGGUUUCUCAGCACAUUCAUGUGCUAGAACUGUAGCUGGGGAGUUCAGGAGUCCAAUUUUAGGGCUUCUGGAGGAGACAUUUUUAGACAUUAAUUUGUUGCAGGCAUCCUGUAUGGGCAACUCAUCACAUUACUAUGUAUGUGAGGAGAAAGGCUUUUGAAAUAUUUUGUAUUCUUGUUACCUGUGGGGCAGAGAAGAACCAUUUGUAUUGUUUUUACCCUGUGUUUGAAGGGGCAGCACAAAGGGAUGGGACAUGGAUGACAAAGCCAUUGAUUCUUUCUAGGCUACUUCCCAGUGAUCUCUUCAGGCCAAAUAUUUAAUAAAGGUCUGGGCUGAGAUGAAGAGAGUAGUUAUAUCUAGGAUAAAACUCUCCACAGCCUAAAAAUAAUAAAGACAGAAAACCUCCCUUUUCUGUUGGACCAGCAGUCUGGGUAUUCAGAUGAAAAUGUUGAUAUACUAUGUAAACCUACAGCAAGACUAUUUUUAUCAGCCAUUUUAUGUGUAGAUGCUAUAGUGUGAGUUCAUACGGAAAUAUUGCUAAAAAUUUUUAAAAAUAUAGAUGUUGUGCGUGCGUGUGUGUCUGUGCGCGUGUGUGAAUGGCAAUGUUUCAUUCGGAGUCUGUCCCUAAGGGAGCCCAUGUGGAAUGCACUCCUGCUGUCAGUGCAAUGCUGGUCAGCUGCCUGCAGACUGAGCAGGAUGCUGCACUUGAAAGAAGAGAUCUGCUAUUUUGUUUCUAUCCAUGAAUUUUGCUGUAAUUGGUUAUGCCAGAUAAGAUGUCACAAUACCACUGGUUAAAAAUAAAAUUUAUUUUUCAGAUUUA